AUGAUUGACUUCUAUUACCUGCCUGCAAGUGCACCUUGUCGAGCUGUAAUGAUGCUUGCUAGAGCUAUCGGUGUUCGAUUGAAUCUUAAAAGUAUUGAUGUAUUAAGGGGUGAAAACAUGAAACCAGAAUAUCUAAAGAUGAAUCCGCAACACACGAUUCCAACAUUAAACGAUAACGGCUUCAUUUUAUGGGAGAGUCGGGCGAUAAUGAUAUACCUGGUUAGCAAAUAUGCUAAAAACGAUGCCCUAUAUCCAAAAGAUCCACGAAAAAAGGGAAUUGUCGAUCAGAGACUGUAUUUCGAUAUUGGAACAUUGUAUCAAAACGUUUUUAAAGCCUAUUUUGUAGUUAUUUUGGGAAAGGCAAACAAACCUCGCGAAGAAGAUGUUCAAGCUUUGGAAGAAUCAUUUGAAGUUCUGAGCGUAUUUCUUCAAACCAGCAGAUUCGUUGCUGGGGAUUCCAUUACUGUGGCUGAUUAUAGUAUUAUUACUACUGUAACUACUGCAGAGGCAUUCGGUUUCGACAUAGGGCGCUACGACAAUGUCGCUUCUUGGUACCAAGUUUGUAGAAGAGAUAUGAAAAAGUUUGGCUUUGAUGAAAUUAACAUAACUGGUGCCAGAACUUUGGGAGUGGGGUACAAAGCUAAUAAUGGGAAAGGAGAUGAAGUAGAAAAAGAAAGAGGCAACGAAGAGGAACAGAUUAAGGAGGAGGAGCAGAUAAAAGAGAUAAAGGAGAAGGAUUUCAAAGAUACGGUUAUAAAGAAGGUAAAAAAGGAUUAA